GGUGCGCUCCAUCCAGUCAUACGAGCACACACGGCUGUCAACCUCACAUCGACUGCGGCCCAUCUAUGCGCAACUCUGCUCCAUUUUCAUCGGGUUGGAACAUGGACGCGCUCUAAAAGGAAGCGCACUUCAAAAGCUUGUCGAAGACGCUUUUUUUUUGUCGUGAGAAUAGUCAUGAUGGAGUAUUGGAGACAGUGUGCGCUGUGGCUGAUUAACUGCAAGGUGCUUCCAGUGAACCAUCGGGUUACGUGGGAGACUGCGCAGGUAUUCGAUUUGGCCCAAACACUCCGGGAUGGAGUCCUUCUUUGCCAUCUUCUCAACAAUCUCAGGCCACACUCGAUCAACCUAAAGGAGAUCAACCUGCGACCUCAAAUGUCACAGUUCCUCUGCCUGAAGAACAUCAGAACUUUUCUGGCGGCAUGCAACGACAUAUUUGGCAUGAAGAAAAGUGAGCUGUUUGAGGCCUUUGACCUUUUUGACGUCAGGGAUUUUGGAAAGGUUAUGGACACACUUUCUAAGCUUUCCCUCACACCGAUUGCACAGCAAACUGGAAUCAGGUCUUUUCCAACUGAAGAAAGCGUUGAAGAUGAGGAUAUCUACAACCACCUCGAAGACCUCAUGGAUGAAAACGGGGUGGAAGAUGAGGAGGAUCUGUACGACUGCGUCUAUGAUAACGAAGAGGGCGGGGAAAUCUACGAGGACUUGAUGAAAACGGAAGUGCUCGCUCCCCCGGUGUUACAGAAACAAGCAGAAAUCGACAUUCGAAGUUGCUGUUUAACAGAAAUCAGGCAGACUGAGGAGAAAUUUUCAGACACACUUGACUCAAUAGAAAAGAACUUUAUGACACCUCUCACUGUGUUUUUAUCCACGGCCGAGCUAGAGAAAGUGUUUGUUAAUAUACCGGACUUGGUGAAAGUCCACAAAUGUUUACUACAGGAAAUUCAAGACUCAGUCCAACACAGAAGUGCCCAAAAUCUUCACCAGAUCUUUAUUGCUUUCAAAGAAAGGUUGCUAAUUUAUGGGAAAUACUGCAGCGAUGUCGAGACAGCCAUUGCCACGCUGGACAGUAUAUGUAAGGACAGAGAGGACGUACGCAUGAAGCUUGAGGAGUGUUCUAAAAGAGCUAACUAUGGCAAAUUCACUCUGAGGGAUCUGCUGGUGGUUCCCAUGCAGCGGGUCUUGAAGUAUCACCUCCUUCUGCAGGAGCUUGUUAAACACACUCACGAUGCUACAGAGAAAAGCAAUCUACGGAAAGCAUUAGAUGCCAUGAAGGAUUUGGCCCAGUAUGUCAAUGAAGUCAAGCGAGACAACGAGACUCUGCGAGAAAUCGAUCAAUAUCAGAAAUCCAUCGAAAACCUUAAUCAGCCUCUGAGUAACUACGGGAGACCCAAAGGUGACGGGGAAGUAAGGGUGGCCUCAGUGGACAAACGUGCUAAACAGGACAGGCAUAUCUUCUUGUUCGAUGCUGCCGUCAUCGUUUGCAAGCGACGGGGAGACAACUAUGAAAUGAAAGACGCGAUAGACCUGCACCUCUUUAAGGUCACCAACAACCCCACGUCGGACAAGGAAAGCCGAAAGUGGUCCUACGGAUUCUACCUCACGCAUAACCAGGGCCAGAACGGCUUUGAGUUCUUCUUCAAGACCAAAGAACUGAAAAAGAAAUGGCUGGAGCAGUUUGGCAUGGCCAUCUCCAACAUUCAUCCGGAGAAUGCCACCAACAAUUUCCAUGACUUUCACAUGCACACUUUUGAAAGAAUUACCUCCUGCAAUUCAUGCCACAUGCUACUAAGGGGCAUAUUUUACCAGGGCUACUUAUGCUCCAAAUGCGGUUUAGGAGCACAUAAAGAAUGCCUGAACCGUCUGGGUUGCUGCGGAAAAACAGAUCCCGGAUCCGUCAGAACUCAGAUCAAAGACCGAGAUCCAGGGCUGCCCAAGAUGAUGGUGAUGAGGAACUAUUUCGGCGUGCCGAGCCCGACUUCUGGCCCGGCGCUCAGUAUCCAGACGGGUGACAUCAUCGAAUUAAUCUGCGCCGACCUUCACAGCUCGUGGUGGCAGGGUAAAAUCCUGUCAACAAAAGAAGUUGGCUUCUUUCCAAGCGACGCUGUUAGGCCGUGCCCAUGUGUCCCAAAGCCCAUUGAUUACUCCUCUCAACCAUGGUUUGCAGGACCAAUGGAGAGGCUCCAGGCGGAGGCAGAGCUCAUCAACCGGGUCAACAGCACCUACCUGGUCCGCCAUCGCAGCAGAGAGUACACAGAAUAUGCCAUCAGCAUUAAGUACAACAGCGACGUGAAGCACAUAAAGAUCUUGACGAAGGAGGGCUGCUUCCACAUCGCAGAGAACAAGAAGUUCAGGAGUCUCUUUGAGCUGAUUGAAUACUACAAGCAUCACUCGCUAAGAGAAGGUUUUCGGAGUCUGGACACUACGUUGCAGUAUCCCUACCGGGAAUUGGAGAAUUCUGCAAUGCAUCGGCUCAACCGCUCCGGUGGAAACAUGUUUACUCCGAAAGUGAUGGGCGUGGCCAUCGCACGGUACGAUUUCAGUUCCCGAGACACGCGAGAGCUCUCGCUGCAGGAGGGCGACGUGGUGAAGAUUUACACCAAGUCCGGAGCCAACGGGUGGUGGAGGGGCGAGGUCAACGGGAGGAUCGGCUGGUUUCCAUCCACCUAUGUAGAAGAAGGCGAGGAAUGAGCAUACCAAUGAAGAAGAGUGAAAAACAAAAGAAGUUCUGAGCCAGCAGAGGAGCAAACAUCUCUGACGAAAAGAUGGCCUCAUCCUUUCUGCUCGGCUCGCUGUGGCUAAGUAACUGCACCAUCUACAAGUAGCAGCUUGCCUGUCAGCGGGGGCCACGCGGGCUCGCCAGAUGCCCAGCCAUGCAUUUCAUCCCGCCUCUUUCUUGCCCACAAAAAAUCCCAACUUGGCUGCUGCAGACAUGUCAAAAAGCAGGAACUCAGACGCCACUCUUCCAUUCCUGCACUCAUUCAUCCAUUGGCUACACCUGCACCUCCUUCUGCCUCUCAUGGGAAUAGAGCCAACCAAGCUGGAAAGGACCCACACUGUACAAAAAAAAAAAAAAAUCUCCCACAUCAUCUUCUCACUUCUGAAGUCAGUUUGACCUUGCGUGUUUGUUCCACUAACGCCGACGUUUAUUGAUGACUCGAUGGCCCCUCUUUGAUUGCAAUCGCCGCACUUGCACUCAUACACGAGAUAUAAGAUAAAGUCGGUCCUCGCUGGCAGCAAUUGAUGCUUCUGGUUGCUAUUUUCCUCUGGCUGUUCACAUUCUUUAUCUCCGGCGCAGACCCUCAUGUUUUCGCUGGUGCCGGCCGUUAGUGAUCCUCUUGCUUAUCGCUGGCAGGAGCCCACUGGCGGGAGGCUUUUCUUAUUGGAGCUAUUAUGAGCCAAAACACUCCGAGCCGUUUGGAAAUCAGCCUUUUGACUUAGGUUACAGUCAUUCUUGUCAUUUCGUUCCGUUUUACUAAUGGGAAUUAACUGGAAUGUUCUUGACCUUAUUUUCUAUAAGGAAGUUAAAAUUUAUGAGAAGGGAAAACACAUAAGAUAGUGUUGAUUAUUCAGCACACGCCUCAUCAUACUGUCCAAAGGUGACAUUGAGGCAGAGCCACUUGUUAGUCUGCGACUUUAUUUGAUGAACAGAUGGAAGCCGCCUCUGGAAACACACCUCAGGGCGUCGUGACCUCAAGGUGUGCGAGGCCCCCGGGCGGUUUGUGCCGCUCGCUGUUUUUGUACGGUGAACAUUUUGUUUGUAAAAUAUGUUCUUAUUAAAGAUGUUAUAUUUGGAAAUGAUUAUUGUAGACAAAGCCACCACAUGAUCUUAUGUUGCUCUGUGGAUGGGUUUAUUUUUUUCUUUGCUCAUCUUUUGGCUAAAAUGCUGGUUUAAAGAUUUUUGUUCAUGUCCACAAGUGACCACUAGGUGGGAGUCUCUUUCAUCGGCGAGCGGUCACCUUCAGCGUGACAAACUUUUGCCAUGACAUCAUCUGAUUAACAACAUUUAAAAUGGAAUUUGACCAAGUGAACAGAGAUCUUUUUUUUUUAGCUUCAACUGGCUGCAGAUUCUUGAAAGUAAAAAAUCCAACUCAGUCUAGGAGACCAUGAAGAAACAGAACCUCAGGAGACCAAGAGUGGGCUUCUCUAAUGGCUGACAGUGUUAAUCCACUCCCACUCUGCUCCUCUGCCCAAAUGAACUAUGACGGCGUAGUCAUUUAAAAACGCGGACUGUCUUUCCACCAAGUAUGCUCCCUUUGUUUUUUUCCAAUGUCUUUACACAGGAGGAAGACUCAAGGGUAUCCGCGAUCUAAUCAUGACACCAGCUCUACACAUGGGUGACCCCGCUGCAUCCGUCUCUGUCGGUUCCUCUCCCGCUCGGCCUAAGUCACAGCGUUAUCCUCUCAGUCCCUCACACUCCCCUUCUUUCCUUAUCUAUCUCUAGUCCAAUCUCUGUCCUCCCAUUUUCACUGUGGAUUUCAUCCCUCAAGUGAUGCUCUGAGAGCUUUGUGGCGCUAUGCGCCGUAAGCAAUCAAAGCUAAAUAUUUUAGAAUGGAAUUACAAAAUUUAUUUGACGUGCCAUUUAAUAGGUGUCCUUCAAAUGUGAUAUUUUUCUUCUAAAAAAAAAAAAUCAGGAAGUCACUGUGUGUGUGUGUGUCUCACUGAGUUUGUGUGUGUGCUCUGUUAUUGAACCAAAGAUGUACUGUAUGCUGUGUUUACUGUACAGUCAAUAUUAUUAUGGUACAACCGCUGUGGCCUAAAUCGAAAACAGCUCAGGCCUGUGUAGCAUUCCCCUGUAUAUUUUCUAUUGUACCAUAUUGUAAAAUAUGUUUAUAGUAAAUAAUAAAAAUAUGAUGCUUAUUCAAA